AUGGGCUCAUCCGACCUUUGGGUAGCAUCCAGAUCUUGCUCCUCCUCCGCUUGCUCCAAUAGUGUUUGUUUCUACGGCCCCUCCAAAGCUACCUCAACGGGUGCCACCUUCUCCAUCCAAUACCUCAAGGGAAGCGUCAGCGGGCCCAUCUACUGGGACUCAAUUCAGAUUGCUGCCGUCACGACUAUCCAAGACGAGCCCCUCGAGCGUGAUUUUGAUGGCUUCCUCGGCCUCGCGCUUCCGCUCAACUCCAUCAUCGCUAGCAUCCUCCCGCCCUCGACCGGAAAUUUUCCCUAUGGCACCGUCUUUGCCUCGAACCUCUUCGGCAUCACCCCUGUCGGUUCUGCCCCCGCCGCGCGCUUCUUCUCGCUCGCACUCUCCCGUCCCGACUCCCUCGAGGUUACCUCGCUGCUCGGCAUCGGCCAGCACCCCACCGCGCUUGUCCCGGAUCUGGCCAAGAUCACAUACUCACCCGUGAUCACGUCCAACAUGGGCAGCAAAUUCUGGAAGACCAACGUUCGCGGGGUCACUGUGUACGUCGACGGUCAGAGCUGCCCGCUCAUGCUCUGGCGCUCACAUACGGGCACCGUAUUUCCCACCACGGUGCUCGAUUCGGGAGUGCCGUACAUCCUGACCACCACCGCCAUCGCGAACGGGAUCUAUGGUGCGCUGGGCAUCGGCCCUGGCGCUGACGGACAGUCUAGAAGGUUCAGGGUAGGACAGGGGUAUGGCAGGGCUAAAGAAGGCAUCCAUGCCAAUACACGGCUGACAAUGAUGAGCUUGUCCACAGCUGCAGAGGCCUGUCAUGUCAGGCGCGUAUUGGCAGGGCUGAGUCCCGAUACGCGCCUGACAUGA